AUGGUGUCUACGCGCCAUCAUCCAAAGGACUUUCCCUCGUCAACUUCUGUCAGCCCGUCCAAGACAGAAAAGGAUCAGCGCGGGCCUGUCGGCACUGGGAAAUGGCGACAUACUCCAUCCACAAUUGUGACACUCUGGUUGUCUAUAUCUGUUCCACUUGUUCUCUGGGAUGCUGGCUAUAUUCUGCUUCGACCACAUAGUAUGCCUGGCGGGCGCCUGCACUACAUUUGGAGUCCAUAUGCGCUCUACGGCGCCAUCGACCAUGUCUAUGGCUGGCCUGCAUGGAACGACCGAGACGGGUUCCCAAGUGCCCAGAGCCUCAUGAACCUAGUUGAAACUGCGUGCUACAUUUUUUACCUAUUUGUGCUGUUUCAAUAUGGGACAUUCAAUCAUGGCGGCGAUCGUAAAAGCAAGACAGCGAACAAGAGCUAUUUCUUGGACUUGCAGAAAUCAGUUAGCGGAAGGCUAGGAGCAAUUGCGCUGCUGGUGGUUUUCAGUGCUAGUGUAAUGACAACCAGUAAAACGAUAUUAUAUGCCCUUAAUGAAGUCUGCUCUGGAUUCGACCAUAUAGGGCAUAACAGCUUCUGGACUUUGAUUUUCCUGUGGAUAAUCCCGAAUGGGCUUUGGAUUGUGGCUCCUGGGUACGCCUCAUUUUAUUUUGGCAGUGAAAUCCUAGAUGCCAUAGCGCCCAGCGACGGUCUCUCCGACACCAACGAGGAUAUGAAGUUAAAAUAA